CAAUAUUUAAUUGAGUGCAGUGUUUUACGAGAAUAUUUUAUAAUUUUGGGUAGAUUUGUUCAACAGCAUAUUUGCUGCUGUAGACCACUACUACUAUAUUAAGAGCGAGUAAUAAUAUCAAGCAAUCUCCUACUGAACGUUCACGUAAAUCCUUUGUAUUCAAAAUGCUAUAAUUUCUUGAACGAAGUCUCUUUUUGACUUUGAUCUCAGCACCUGUGAGAUUUCAGAGCACCCGCAUUCUUGCAUAUUCACUACCAUUUGCUGGUGCUAGUGCUAAUACCAUAGAACAACUUGCAUGCUAACACGUUAAAUUGUACUAACACCAUGGAGCAAUAGUAUGGAACAAUUCUAUGCUACAUUUGUAUCGCCUAGCACUCGUAAUACUCUCUGACACGAAGAUUGCGGUGGAGCAAGGCUCAGAAUCGACAGAAGGUAUUUGUAAAGUUUAGUCGAAAGAUACGCUGAAAAUGUUACGAUCGAUGCGACUGUUGCAUGCUUCUUUGCGAAGCGGUGUGAAUCUGACGUUCCCAAGUUCAUCACGGUUAGCAAGUUCUCAAAUGCCAGAAUUGCAACGAGAUAACGUGAACAAACGAUUCUAUAUCGAACUGAACUUAGAUAAAGCAACAAUUGAUUAUGAACUUAUUGAUUCAAACACCUUGGAUUUACAACAUACAAAUGUUCCCAACUCUCUGCAGGGGAAAGGAGUAGGAAAAAUUAUUGCUAAGGUAUAAAAACAGCAACAAAAAAACAUGAGGUCUGAAGGAAGAGAGAUUAUUGCAAAAAUAUUUUAUUGCUGCCGUGAGAAAUAUUAUCAUGGUAUGCAAUGCACAGCUUUGGAAGGUUUAAAAAAAUUUGCUAAUGAUCCUGUUUUCCAACUGUACAAUGGUUUAUCCUUGACUCUUAGCAAAAGAGUUCAAGAAGGUAUUCGAGAAUUGGAUUCACUACAAAAUGACCAAGAAGUCAAAUUAGGAGCAAUACUAGCCUUAAUGUUUGCUCAUCGACAGUGUGCUACAGUAGAUAAAGAAGCUCUUCUGCAACUUGAUUCCAAAUUAAAGGAAGAGCGAAAGCAAGCAAAUGAAACCAACCUUUAUCAUGCAACUGCUGUUUAUUUGUGUACUGGACGUCCAGAUAAAGCUCGGGAGUAUGUUGAUAAAUUGUUAAAAUUUAAUCCUGAAUCACCUGAUGGAUUGUCAUUAAAGGGAUGGGUAGAAAUAUCAGCAGGAAAAGAUGGUAAAAUUCAGGACGCGGCACGGUUAUUUGAUUCAGCAGUGAAGUUCAGUAAACAGCGAAAUAUUGAUGCAAUGUUAGGAAAAUCGCGUUUUUGUGAACUUGAAAAUGAUUAUGAAGGAGCAAUAAGUAUUUUGAACCAGUUAAUUGUUGCAUUUCCAUCUUUGACAUUACCAUUAAUAGAGAAGAUGAAAAAUCAACUAGCUCUUCUUGAUUGGGAGCAGGCAACAGAAACUGCUCAAAGAAUUCUCAGUAUUGAUUCUCAUUCUUUGGAAGCUUUGAAAGCUAAACUUCUCACAACAAUUUGCAGAGAUGGAAACUAUGAAGAUGCUGCUUUGAACAUUCGAAGGUAUUUUUCAGAAAUGGAGAAAAUGGAACCCAAAAAUGUUGAAUUAUUUCUAGACAGUGCUCAACUUUUUUCACGAAUAUGUGGACGAAAUUCCCUUGUUCUUGCUGAAACAUAUCGAUUUGCUGAGAAAGCUGCACAACUAGACCCAACAAAUCCAGGAGCAAUCACUGAAUUGGGUUAUCAAUGCCUUUUACAAGGAAAAAUAAAAGAAGCCACCAAAUAUUACCGUAAUGCUACAAAACUUGAUGAUUCUUCAAUAUCUGCUCUCUCUGGCUUUACUCGGUGUCAACUUUUAGAUGGAGGUACGAGAGAUCAAGCUAUUCAGCAAGUUGAAUUUUUACGAGAGGUUCAAGGUUCUCAGCCAACACCUGAACUUUUGAUGAUGUCUGCACAGUUGGUAUCUAAUGAUGCUGAUAGAGCUUUGUCUUACCUUAACGAAGCAGUGGACUCUCAUUUUAGAUCUUUGAGAGCUAUGCCAUAUGGACCCAAAUAUUUGAAAAAUCUUGAUCCAGAUUUUCUUUUACAAAUAGUGAAAGAGUACUUAUCUCACACACCUGUUCAGCCAUCAACAGGUGUAAAUGGUAAUGCUUUCAUUUCAGGUCAACUCCUUCCCAUUCCUCUGAAACAAAGUCUGACAAUUCUUGAAGCAGUAACUAAGGCAUGCCCUGGCCUUCUUGAAGGAUUAUUUCAACUGGCAAGAGUACAGUUUCUCAGUGGUGAUCUCAAAGCAGCAGUAUCAACUCUCCAACACAUUUUAGAAGAUAUUGAUGCUGCCUAUGCUAAUGCUCAUUUACUAAUGGCACAAAUUCAUACUCAGCAAGGAAAUUAUCAGCGUGCAGAGCAAAGUCUUGAAGUUGGCUUAAGUUACAAUUUCAAAGUGCGAGAUCACCCACUGUAUCAUUUUAUUACAGCUUUAGUUCACAAAAAACAAGGCCAUAUGGAUGAAUGCAUUCAAACACUGAAAACAGCAAUGACACUUUGUGGUUUUAAAACAAAUAAUGACGGUUCACGCACAGAUGGUUUUAUUUCACAAGAACUCUCUCUGCCUGACAAAGUCUCUCUUUUUCUUGAAUUAGCUGAGGUAUAUCAAGAGGUAAAUUCAAUAAAUGAGGCUUCUAAAGUAAUGCAAGAUGCUUUAGAACUUUUUAGUGGUACUUCAGAAGAGGGACGCGUUACAGUUGCAAAUGCUGAUUUAGCUUUACACAGAGGGGAUGCUAAGUUAGCCUUAGAUAUUCUUCAAACUGUCAAACCAAAUCAUCCGUAUUAUCAACAGGCACAUUGUAAAAUGGCUGAUAUUCAUCUCCAUUUUCGUAAAGAUCGACGAGCUUUUGCUGAAUGCUUCAGAGAACUAGUUGAAAAUGCUCCUGGACCUCAAAGUUAUGUGAUGUUGGGAGAUGCCUACAUGUCAAUUCAGGAACCAGAUAGAGCAAUUGAUGCUUAUGAACAAGCGUUGAAACGUAAUCCUCGAGAUUCUAUUUUGGCUUGCAAAAUGGGAAAAGCACUUAUCAAAACUCACCAAUAUGGUAAAGCAAUAAAUUAUUAUAAGGAAGCUGUUAAAGGUGAUGAUAAUUCAGAUCUUAAAUUAGAUAUGUCAGAACUUUAUAUGAAACUGGGCCAAUAUGAUAAAGCUGAAAAAGUAUUAAUGCAAGAAUUAGAUAGCAAAACUGAUUUUAGUGAUGUUCAGAUUUUAAUAGGAAGAACAAAGGUACUACUUUUAUUAGCCAAAGUACGUGAAAAGUCUGGAAAUACCCAUGCUGCUCUUGACACCCUACAAGAAGCUCAUAACAAUCAAAAUAGGGUGUUAAAGCGAAUAUCUGUUGAUGAUAAAAGUGAAGUUCAGAAACAAGUGGCUGCAAACAUUUGUCAGCAGAUGGCUGAUCAUGCAAGUACAUUGAGAGAUUAUGAUUCAGCAAUACACCAUUAUAAAGAAGCAUUGGUUUACAAGUCCACUGAUAAACCAAUAUUGGUGGCACUGGCUAAACUUUAUAUGCAGGUUAAUGAUCUGGAACAGUGUCAAAUGACCUGUAUGACUUUAUUGAAAAUGGAUGCUGACAAUGAAGCAGCCAGUAUAAUGAUGGCUGAUUUAGCUUUUCGAAGAGUGGAUUUUGAAACUGCUGCAUUUCAUUUUCAACAACUGCUUUCUCGAAGACCAGAUUAUUGGACAGCAUUAGCCAGAUUGGUGGAAGUAAUGCGACGAACAGGAAAUUUAAAUGAUGUUCCACCAUACCUCAGUCGAGCUCAAGUUGUUUGUGCAAGAUCUACUUAUGAAGCUGGCCUAGCAUACUGUGAAGGCCUUUUUGAAUGGUAUUCUGGAAAUACAAACGAAGCAUUACGUCAAUUUAAUAAUGCACGCAGAGAUCAAGAAUGGGGCCAACAAGCAAUAUACAACAUGAUAGAAAUUUGUCUCAAUCCAGAUGAUGAAACAUUAGGAAGUGAAGCUUUCCCAGACACAGAUGAUGAAUUUAUGCGUGAUUCACGUGAAAUGGCUUUGAGAACUGCGGAACGUCUACUUAAGGAACUGCGACCUCGACCAGGAGGAGGUGGUGAUGAGGCAUUUAAUCAUAGAUUAUUGGCAAAUUUCUGGCUGCUUGCUACUCGACAGAAGCCAAAUGUGGAGAGAGCUCUACAAGAUUUCACAACUCUAGCUACAAUGGAUACUUAUCGAGAUCAUGUUGGCAUAACUCUUGGUUUGGCUACUGCCUAUAUGAUGUUAAAACAGACUCCCAGAGCACGAAAUCAACUUAAACGUGUAGCUAAAAAUAAUUGGAAUUUUGAGGAUGCUGAAUAUCUUGAACGUUGUUGGUUGUUACUAGCCGAUAUUUACAUUCAAAAUGGAAAAUAUGAUAUGGCUAGUGAGUUAUUGAAGAGAGUCUUACAACACAAUAAGGGCUGUACCAAAGCAUAUGAAUAUGCAGGAUUUGUUGCAGAAAAAGAUCAGUCAUAUCGUGAAGCUGCCUGUCAAUAUGAACGAGCUUGGAAAUUUGGUGGGUGUUCUAAUCCUGCUAUUGGAUAUAAACUUGCAUUUAAUUACAUGAAAGGAAAACGUCACGCUGAUGCUAUUGAUGUUUGUCAGCAAGUAUUGCAUGUACAACCAGAUUAUCCAAGAAUCCGAAAAGAGAUUUUGGAUAAAUGCAGGAAUAACAUUCGGACAUAAAACACUGAAAGUAAAAACAAAAGGAUCAUUGAUGCAAAAUUAUUGUUAAAAAUGAUAAUAUAUUGUUCAAAAAGUGGUUAGAACUUGUUUGUAUGGUGUAGGAGCAUGUGCACGUCUGUUUCUUGUCAGUAGUUCAUGAUUUUUUUCCUUCCAUAUUGUUUUGAGACUCUUCUAGCUCUGCUAAUUUAGAUUUGUCUCUGUAGCAAACAACAGUAACACUUUUGAUAAAAAAAGAAAUUGAAUCUUUUGGAACAAACAUUCAACUGUUAUUAAAGGUUUUAGUGAGAACAAUUUGAAAUAUGUGGCAGUGUAACCAGACUUAUUUACUAAAACAAUAUUUAUUGCCAGUAUGAUAAUAUAUUAGUGAUAUUUUCGUUUAAUUAGUUCUAUAACAGAGAUGUGGCAGAUUGCUUUACUAAUUACUUAUAGUAAGUGUAUGUGUUACCACAAAAAUAUGAAAUGCAUCUUAUUUACAAAUUAGUCAUGUAAUUUGCCUAUUAUCCAGACAGUUUGGAUAAAACCAAAUGAAUGACAAUUAAUAGAUCAUUUCGGAGCAUUAUUCAUUGUGCUGACUUAAGUACAGUGAUUGUCUGGGUGUAAGGUGUCUUGUGUGUGGAGAAGAAAAUAUUUUUUCCAAGGGCCAAAACAAUCUAAAACAAGAGGUAUGUUUAACUACAUUUCUGAGUCCCUUAGUAAUUAAAUUAAAUUUACUAUUAUGAGAAUAAAAUUAUAACUUUUAUGAUUCAGUUAUUAAAUACAUUGAUAUUAUGUUGAACCAUUUGUAGGAUUGCCAGAUGGCUUGGAGAGUCUUUCCUUAAAUCUCAUGUAACAAUUCUUGAAAUCGUCAGGUUGAAAAGAAGAAUAAGUAGAGGUGUAACAUAUUUAUGGAAAUAAAAUGUUUUAUUAUUUAAGAGUUCCAGACCCCCUUCCAAAUUUUCACUGCAGCCACAGCCUCCCAGUGCCUGUGAUUUUGGCAUAAAAAUCCAUUGGAAAUUGCGUUGCAUGAACUCAACAUUGUUUUAUGUAAAUCAUGAAGACUGGAAACUUGACUCCCCAACUCAGAAAUGCAUAGGGCAUUGCUGAGGAAAAAUAUUUAGUUAGAUGAUAUUGUGUGAAUAGAAGUUUUUACAUAACACUCAACAUUAUUCACCUUCACUCUCACUAUCCUUAGAAACUUUCCACUUGCAGUCUUACUCCUGUUUAUACAGAAAAGCUGCUAUUUUAAUGUCACUGACACAUCACCUACCCAUGUUGACCCGUAUUGGCAAAUAUCCAUUUUAUAUGGCUUGGCUUCCAAAAUAGGCUUUGAAGCUGUUUCUACUUUUGAUUUUACCCACCCAUUUUAGAUAAUGUGUAAAUUAACUGAUAAUUAAUUCAUGAGUUAACCAGAUUGGAGCAUUAGUUGUAAUAUACACUAAUACAUUUUCAAUGUUAUUUGUCGUGUCUUUUUGAGUAUGCAGAUAAUUCCCCUGUAUGUUCACCAAUAUUCUCAAACCAAGAAGUUUGCUCCUUAUAAAAGAAAAUCAUGUAUGUCCCUAAUGAGGAAUAUGCCAAUUAUGACAUUACUAGUAAAUUAUUGUGUCAGAACAUUCUGAAAUUGUUUGUUACACUCAGACCAAACCAAAUAUCAAUUAUCACAUGUGUCCAUGAUAUUAAUAAUAAUUGUGUUUUAAUAGUGUAUUAUAAUUAAAACUGCAAUAAAUAUAU